AUGAAGGUAAAGGCUGACAGGGACGAAUCUUCACCAUAUGCAGCCAUGCUUGCAGCACAAGAUGUUGCACAGCGAUGCAAGGAACUUGGCAUUGAAGCUCUUCAUAUUAAGCUUCGGGCUACAGGAGGGAAUAAGACUAAGACACCUGGCCCAGGUGCCCAGUCUGCACUCAGAGCUCUUGCUCGUUCAGGCAUGAAAAUUGGUCGCAUGGAGGAUGUGACUCCAAUUCCCACCGACAGUACUCGUAGAAAAG